AUGACUGCUACACGCAGCCAAGGAGCUCGUUCUACCUCACCGAUGACGCAUGACGCGUCUUCACUGGUUUUGAGCCCAAUAAGAGAGCAGAACGAGUCGAAAGAAGAUGAUGAUUCGCCAGAAGUCUUGCAGCAUGAAGACGAAGCCCCCGUUCAAGCCAUUCAGCCGCCUGCAGGUCACUCAAACGAGUUGAUCUUGCUAGCAGAAGAGUUUGGACGCCGAUUGGCUACAAUGCCACACGGAGUCGAACUCCUCACCCUAUCGGUGGAAGAUUCUCACCGUCGACGUCUCCGCGAAGAAGAAGCCUCUCCCCGUGACCCUAAGAUCCGCCGGUGCCCAGCGAACCAAGUGAGCCGAGUGAACCCAGUGAACAAGGUAGAGGUGGACCCCGAGACUACACGCGCAGUCAAGCAUCAUCACACGGGACCAGCAUGCUGGACAACCAGUUCGGCGCCAGUUAUGGUGGAGCUCGGUCCCCACCCUGAGAAGCUGCUAGACAAGGAGAUGCCCCUGCCCAAGCUGUUCGAUAAUAAGAAGGACUUUGAAAAGUGGAAGGGUGAGCAGGACUCAACAGCCAGAAGUAUCAUACUUGGUAUGACACGCGUCGAUCCAUGGCGCUCACGGCCAUGGCGCUGUCAUUGGACAUGA